UUUCUCCAAAUCGUCAUAAUUUCCCGUUCUCUCACCGCGGUGCCGCUACAAACAGUCGAGCCGAGAACUUCCGACUGGAUAGCAUACUACGACUACGUCUACGUCUCGUAAAAGAAUAAAAAAAAAGUAAAGAAAAAAGAAAAAUAAAAACCCGCCGUCGGCCUCUGUGGUAGCGAUUCGAAAGUUCCACGUUUAAAUCAUAAUUUUUCUUUUGUUUUAACAAUUUAAUGAAUUAAAUAUAAUUUUAUAAAUGGUCAGGUGAACUGUGCGACUCUCGUUUUGACUGUGUGUGUAAAUAAUAAUAUAAUGUCGAGAGGGAAAAUGGCGGGAACGGCGCUUAUUUGUUUGAGUAUCCUGUCAGUACUGGUGUCGAGCGCCCUGCCUGAGCAGACGGCGGCCGCGGAGCCGCUGUCCACCGCGGCGCCCGCGGCCGCGGCCGCGGCCUCGCUCGAGCCGAGAGCUGGCGACGCGCCCGUCGACGCAGACUCGGAAGAACCACCCGAGGGCUACUAUGCGUUUGUCGAAUCACCCAAUGCAACCCCACCCAGGGUGCGCCCGCCGCCAUACCGGCAAGUUUCGACCGAGUGCCGCGAGGGGGCGGGCGCGCGGCCGCACGUCAGCGCGCACAACCUGUGCGGCGACCUCAACCGCGGCAUCAUACCCAAGAACCCCAUGGGACAGAACCCCAACGGGGAACCUUACCCUUUCGAGCUGAUCCGCGACCGUGCGUUGUUGUUCCUGGCGCGCACGGUGCCGGUGCUGCGCGCCGACGACACGCUGCCGCGCGUCACGCACCUCGCGCACCACGCGCACGCCGCGCACCACGCGCACGACACGCACGCCACGCACGCCACGCACGCCACGCACGCCACGCACGCCACGCACGCCACGCACGCCGCCCACGACACGCACGCCACGCACGGCCCGCCGCACGAACACAACCAAUUGGAGGAGCGCGGCAAGCGGUCGCUGGAGGAGGCCGCGGCGGAGGGGGUCGGCCCGAGCGACUCUGUACCGUCACACGAGCUCGCGGCCGAGCACCGCGCCGCCGCGCCGCGCGAGAGCCGCAAGUUCUGCGACGGCGGCGGAGUAUUCUGUAUGCUAUACCGAGCGUUCAACGGUGAAAUGGAGGGCCCCCCCGCCGGAGUGGAGAGGCGUGAAGACCCCGGCACGGGCGCGCCACCCCGCGGACCCGCACCGGCACCGCAUCCGAGAUAUGAGGGUCCCCCAACUCCAUGCCCCGCUCGCGUGGAGUACGCGACGCCAGUGUUCGCGCGGAACUACCAAGGUGUAUGGAGAUACGUUGUGCAGAUACCUUACGAGGGUUACUUCACUCAGACUGUCGAGGUCACACGAUGCAUGCAGUCCCGCUGCCACUACCUGGAGGGCGGCUGCCUGAGCUCGCCGCGCUGGGUGUCGCUGCUGGUGGCCGAGCUGCACUACCCGCCGCCCGCGCCGCGGUCGCCACUCUACCAGGAUUAUCAACGUGGUCAGGGAGUAGCAGACUCAGAACCUAGCACAGAGAAGCCCACACAUUGCGAUGGGCAUGAUGAGCUUGGAUGUUAUCAGCUUCGUAUGUACUACGACUGGUUCCUUGUUCCCGGCUCUUGCAAAUGCUGGAGACCAGACUACUUUGCCAAAUACGUAAGACGUAGGCACACUAAUGAAUUGUAGAUUUGUAGGUAUUAGCAAUAAAUUUGUCGUCCAAGUAUAAUAUAUUUUAAGAUUCAACGAAACGGUUCCAUACUUAUAGUUAUGCAAAAGAAAUGAAUUUGAAUACAAACAAAAAUCAUAAAUAGACUUAAAAUAAUUCUCUAAUAUUCGUUAAUAAGAAAAUUUCGGUAUUUUAAAGAGUAUUAUACUAAUUUCGGUUGCUAAUAUUCAUUGAUUGAAGCAUAUUCUCAAGAAAUUCAAAGAAAGAUUUGAUAUCAAUUCGGAUAAUAGCAUAGUGACGAAGUAUUAAGACGAGAUGUAUAAUAUUGUAAUCAUUAAUUAAACAAUUGGUGCUAAUGUCGACGUUGUGAAUGUAAGACUGUAGGUAUUUGUUUUAGUUAGUAACAUUGUAUUGGUAAGUAGAUAUAUCUAUACCAAAAUAUUAUAUUGUACUGAAAGUGGAGAAGAGAUCUCUUACAUAUAUAAUCCAGCUUAUUUGUUAGAUAUCAUGGCGUGAAAUAAACAACGAUUUUUCGUUCUUUUAAUAUGUAUGUAUAAAUAUUGCAAUAUAGAAUUUUGCAGCCAGCUCAAUGUGCAUUUAUAAUUAAGUUUCUAUUUAACAGUGUUAUUAUUAGUAAGUGAACUUAUCGUAUAACAUUUAUGUAGUGAUAAUGUAAAAAUAAAGCACGAACACUUUA